ACCAAAGCCAUUGUUAAAAGACGGCUUCAGUUGACCACAAACCUUGGCGUUGUCUAUUCCACACUGCAAAUCAGUCUACCGUUCUCUACAAGACACACUAAGGAUGAUGCUCGAAAAAGCGACAACUCUUGUUGAGCCUUUAUGGGUUUUCUCAACUUAUGCGUGUGUCUUUGUGUUUCAUGCAUUCAGACGAUCGCUCCCCAUCAGGCGGAAGAACUUCAACGCCUUUCGGCAUCUCACUCUCAUCUGUCACAUUGCCAUUCCAAUUGCGGAACUAUUCAGCUACCAUUUCCGCGCUAUAAACUCCCAGCCGAGCCCAACAGCUUGUGAUCUUACCUUAUGCUUGGCCCAUUCGUUCACCGCACUGCGGCUUGUAUCACGACUAUCCGCAGGGGACAAAGUUAUUGCUCGCCCAAAUUACCAGUCAAUCGCCUUUCUUCGCGCUACUCUCUCUCUCAUCGGCUACGCUCGUGGCGAUAAGUUUUACUAUCGUGCCUCUAUUCGGGUAAUCAAUGGUUUCGUGUACCCGCGGAUUCUGAUAAAGGCGAUGUCGACUUACAAGAUCCUUCCGACGCAGGCUGCUAUCUAUACAGCCUCUAAUUUUACAGCUUCUAUCAUAUCUCUUCAUGAGGCACAAGUGCUCUUUGGACCACAUCUCUUUGUGAUUCUCAUUGGAUUGAAUAUUUUCCUCAACCGAUGGGUCGCA